GUUCUCAAGUGCGUCAUUCUAGAUAUCAUGGCGGCUUUGCUGGCGAAGAAAUGCGCGUCUCCGCUAUUUCUCAAAACGCUUUCAGCUCCACAUUUGAGGAUGCAAUCUGGGUAUCACAUAAAGGUUGUGGACCACUAUGAGAACCCAAGAAAUGUAGGAUCUUUGGAUAAAAAUGCCAAAAAUGUGGGCACAGGGUUGGUUGGCGCCCCUGCAUGUGGAGAUGUGAUGAAACUGCAGAUUGAGGUGAAUGAGGCUGGGAAGAUUGUGGAUGCCAAGUUCAAAACCUUUGGCUGUGGCUCUGCUAUUGCUUCCAGUUCCUUGGCAACUGAGUGGGUGAAAGGCAAAUCUGUUGAUGAGGCCCUCAAGAUAAAAAACACUCAGAUUGCUAAGGAGCUUCGCCUUCCACCAGUCAAACUGCAUUGCUCAAUGCUGGCAGAGGAUGCCAUUAAAGCAGCUUUGGCAGACUAUCGUCUGAAACAGGAAGGUGAACAGGGUGACCAGAUCGCCGUGUCCCGCAACUAGGAGGUGCACUUGAUCCUCUAAAUCAGUGGUUCUCAACUGGUUCUUCACAACCAAAUGGGGUUUCAGGUCUGUUCUGACUGGAUUGCGGG